CACUGAUUAGCAGCACUGAUAGGUGGCACUGAUUAGCAUUGAUAGGUGGCACUGACUGGCACUGAUGGGUGGCAUUUAAAGGAAGCUCAGAUGGGCACUGAUAUGUGGCAUUGAUGUGCACUGGUAGGCACUGAUAUGUGGCAUUGAUGUUGCACUGAUGGACACUGACAGCUGGCACUGCUGGGGCUACACUGAUCAUCAGGGCACACUGAUCAUCAGUGCCCUGAUGAUCACUGUCAGCGUGACAGCUCGAGAGCAGAGAAAUGCCGAUAACCGUCAUUUCCCUGUUUACAUGUGAUCAGCUGUGAUUGG